UACAACUGCUUGAUCUUGCACGGGUUCAUGUAACUUUCACCUCUCUCUUUCUCCUGCUUUCUCUUUCACUAUAGAAAAACAGAGAGGCAGACGUGUACUAAAUCAGUAGCUGAAUAAUAUAUCUUGUUUUGGUUUGUAGCUGAGAUGGUUUGUUAGAAACAGUUUAGAUUCUUUGAAAAGGAGACACUUGGUAGUGGAGUUGGUGGUGGUGCAGCAUUUUUUCAGAGAGAAAAUCAUCUGAAGCUGAAUCAUCAGUUUUUUUUUUUGGAAGAAAUGGGCGUUGUCACUGUUGCUGAAUUGAAGCCAAGCAUAUCAGGGAAGAGAUCGUUUCGUCCAAGUUCCAGUAUAAGGCAUGCCACCGAAUGGCCGAUUUCUGAUGUUUCUAGUGAUCUCACAGUUGAAAUUGGAGCAUCAAGCUUUGCACUUCACAAGUUCCCUCUUGUUUCUCGGAGUGGAAGAAUUCGGAAACUAUUAUUGGAAGCAAAAGAUUCAAAAGUUACACACAUCAAUAUACCUGCAGUUCCAGGUGGAGCAGAAGCCUUUGAGCUUGCUGCAAAGUUCUGCUAUGGUGUAAAUGCUGAGAUUACACUAUCAAAUGUUGCUAUGCUAUUGUGUACAGCCCAUUUCCUUGAAAUGACAGAAGAUUUUGCAGAGAAAAACCUGGAAGCUCGGGGUGAAGCUUACCUAAAGGAGAUCGUGCUCCCCAACAUAUCGAGUUCAAUAUCUGUUCUUCAUCGUUGUGAAGCACUCUUGCCUAUAUCAGAAGAGAUCAACAUAGUUAGCAGGCUUAUCAAUGCAAUUGCAAGCAAUGCUUGCAAAGAGCAGCUCACCUCUGGCUUGCUAAAACUUGACCAUAACUUCCCAGCAAAACAAGCAAACAUGGAGCCAGAAACACCAUCAGACUGGUGGGGCAAAUCACUCACAGUGCUCAAUCUUGAUUUCUUCCAACGAGUUUUGUCUGCAGUAAAAUCAAAGGGUCUGAAACAGGAUAUGAUCAGUAAGAUUUUGAUAAAUUAUGCCUAUAAUUCUCUUCAAGGCCUCGCUGUAAAAGACCCUCAUUUGGUUAAAGGAAGUCUCCUUGAUGUGGAGUUGCAGAAGAAACAAAGGGUCAUUGUUGAAGCAAUAGUUAGCUUACUACCAACCCAAUCAAGGAAGAGUCCAGUCCCAAUGGCCUUUCUUUCAAGUUUGCUGAAAACUGCAAUAGCGGCAUCAGCAACUACUGCUUGCAGAUCCGACUUGGAGAGGAGGAUUGGUCUUCAACUAGAUCAGGCAAUUCUUGAAGACAUCCUAAUUCCAGCAAAUUCACAUGGAAACAGCCACAGCACCAUGUAUGACGCAGAUUCAAUCUUGAGGAUCUUUUCCAUGUUUCUCAACUUGGAUGAGGAUGAUGACGAGGACAAUCACUUGCGGGAUGAAAGUGAGAUGGUUUAUGAUUUUGACAGUCCUGGAUCUCCUAAACAGAGCUCAAUUCUUAAGGUAUCAAAGUUACUGGAUAACUAUCUUGCAGAAGUUGCACUGGAUACAAACUUGAUGUCAUCAAAGUUCAUAGCACUAGCAGAACUACUUCCAGACCAUGCUCGUAUAGUCAGUGAUGGGUUGUACAGAGCUGUGGAUAUCUUCCUCAAAGUUCAUCCAAACAUUAAAGAUUCUGAAAGGUACAGACUCUGCAAGACAAUAGACUGUCAGAAAUUAUCCCAGGAAGCCUGUAGCCACGCAGCACAAAACGAAAGGUUACCGGUACAGAUGGCAGUCCAGGUGCUAUAUUUCGAGCAGAUAAGGCUGAGGAAUGCAAUGAAUGGAGGGCACAAUCAGUUUUUCUUCGGAGCAAUAAACGGUCAAUUCCCUCAACGGUCGAGCAGCGGUGCAGGAAGUGGGGCUAUCUCUCCAAGAGACAAUUACGCAUCGGUAAGAAGAGAGAACCGAGAGUUGAAACUUGAAGUUGCAAGAAUGAGGAUGAGACUUACAGAUCUUGAAAAGGACCACGUGUCAAUGAAACAAGAGCUUGUAAAGACUCAUCCUGCGAAUAAGCUGUUCAAAUCAUUCACCAAAAAAUUAAGCAAGCUGAAUUCUUUAUUCAGAACAAACGGUCUUAAGCCAAUUGGGGGCAAGUCUAAUUCUGAAACAAGAUUCUUGUUUCAGAAAAGAAGGCGUCAUUCUGUUUCCUGACUGCAAAUAAAUGCGUGUACUAUAAUAAAGUAACUUAAAAAAGAGUGUACAGUAACAAGUGUAGUGUGGUUUUGUCUGAUGUCUAGUAGUUCAGCUUGGUGGGUUUUGGAGUGUUGAUUCUGAGUUUCCAUGUUUGAUUACUGGGAUUUCUCCCAUCACUUCAUUUUUUUUUCUCCCAUGACUUCAUUUUUUUUUUUAAAUGGACUUUUGAAGGCAUGGACUCAAUCA